GCAAGCCCCUCCUCCUCCAGUCUUAGCUCCACCCACUCUGCACCCUCUCAGAUGAUAAACUCAGCACCCUCCACUAUCAGAGUCGGCUCUCCUUCUCUGCCGGACAAAUACAGACACAACAGAGAGAUGCUGAUGCUGCUGCCGCCACACAGAGAGAGGCCAAGCAGCGCCAUGUACACCAACAUCACUGAGAACGGACAGCCCACAAACUUCCAGCGAGCGUUAUUCCAUCAGGUGAUUGGUCCCUGUAAACCCUGCAGCGACCCGAACCUCUCUGUGGCUGAGAAAGUCCUCACCACUCCCAGCAGUUGGAGUUUGGACAGCGGUACAAGAGAAGCCCUUCCCUUCCUCUCCGCUCAUGUUGGCAGUGUCAUGGCGCCUCCGGUUCCUCCACGAAACCUUCCUCAUG